UUGUGCUCCUCCUCCGCAUGCUUGCUUGCACCCUCCCCCUCCUUUCGUGUGAUGCUGAUCUCAAGGGUGUAGCUCAGACACUGCAGUAGGGCUUGGCUGCUGCACUAUACAAUGUGCUGAAAGAUGGUGCACCAGGAGAAAUGUGUUUACCAGGCCCAGAGGAAUGAGAGGGAAUCCAUUAGGCAGAAGCUGGCCCUUGGCAGUUUCUAUGACGACGGACUGGUCACCUUUACUGGCUGCAGCAAAAACUGCCUGUCCUCACGGUUACAGAAUGGGGUGAAUCUACAGAUGUGCUUUGUGAAUGACAGCAGCAGUGACCGGGACAGUGAUGCAGAAGACAGCAGAACAGAGACCAGCUUGGACACCCCAUUGUCACCUAUGAGCAAACAGAGUUCCUCUCUGUCUGACCGGGAUACAGGAGAGGAAGACCUGAACUCAGAGGAUUCCGAAUUCUGGCGCUUACAGCGGCGGCUGCAGGAGGAGGCCCGUGUGGCUCUGGCGCUGGCCCGUCCCAUGGCCCGCAUGCAGGUGGAGGUGGAGCGACAGAUACAGCUACACCGCAGGUCCCCCGUGGCAGACCUGUUACCGCAUCUGCCACACAUCAGCGAGAGUCUAAUGAAGAGGAAUCUGAGGCCUGUGGACCUGAGGGACAUGAGUCUCGGUCAGUUACAGGUCAUCACCAAUGACCUGCACUCUCAGAUACAAGGUCUGAAUGAAGAGCUGGUUCAGCUGUUGCUCAUGAGAGAUGAACUACACAUGGAACAGGAUGCCAUGCUGGUAGAUGUGGAGGAUCUAACCAGGCAUGCACAUAGCCAGCAGAGGCACAUGAUGGAGAAAUCUGUGAGCAAAGGUAAAGCAGCUUGCCACGGUCGCUGUGAUUCUCCUUUUUGAGGCAAACACCACAGGGUCUAACCUCUUGUGUUUCACUAUGACAAAGCAGUGUACUCCCUACAGAUCCUUUUAUUUUAUUUUUAUUUUUAUUUUAAACCAGAUGUGUUUUUGUCUGUUUCAAGCUUUGUGUGGAUGUAUGUUAAUUAUACAUGCUGUAAGUGUUCAUGCAUGCCCACACCUUAGCUGAGGGUUACACACUCACUUUGUCGAUCCUUCGUAAUGUAUAAAUACAGAAAGAUUCAUUGAAAGGUCUGAUCUUUUCCUGUACAAAAUAUCUGUUUCCAUGAUACUGAAUGUGAAUGGGCCUUAUAGGAAACGACUCUAUAGGCUAAAGGCUAGUUCACCCAAAAAUGAUUAUUAUUAUUAUUUACUCAACCUCAUGUCAAUUUAAACCUUUAUGAAGUUUUGCAAAGAAUAUUUCUGAACUGUUUUUCCCCGUACAGUGAAAGUCAAUGGGAUGCAAAACAAUAUUAGACCCCAUUUUGAAGCGUUUUUAUUUCCACAGAGGAAAGAAAGUCAUCCAUGCAUUCGUUUUUAGGUGAUCUAUCUAUCAGUUAGUAAACUGCUUCUCUGUGCAGAUUAUUGCUGGAUUCACUUAUGAACUUUUUGCAGUCUCUCUCCUUCAGGAUGAAUAAGUUUACUCUAUUUUUACUCUGAUGCAGUGUUUGCACUGGCUGAUCUGCUGUGUAUGGAGCUCUCCUACCUAAAAUGUAACUAAAAGUGAAUAUUAGGAUGAUGUUAUUUGUUUGAAGCUGCCUGGUGUGGUGGUAAUUAAUUGUGUUCACAAUGAACUGUUAAUGUCGGUCUUUUAGGAAUGUCUAUUUUACUUACUUUUUCAUCCAAAUGUGGCAUUUCCGUUUCACAGAUGCAAGUGACACAACAUGACUGAAAUGUAUAUCUUUGUGCACCGAACUGUAAAAGGAAAUUAUGAAACAAUAAAUGACUUCAUAUGGGCCAGAAUGAAAUGGAA